AUGCGACCGUCCUCGCAGCCGACAGUCCACCUGCGACGGGUGUUGUGUGCCGUCAUUGACUACGGCAUCAACACCCUCUACGGCGAGGCAGGCACCAUCCGCUCGUCAGCCGACUGGCCCAUGACAAGCACGCUAAUUCCAGCCCCUCGCAACGACCCUCUCGGGGUGGUCUUGGCGACUGUUUUCAACGACCUCUUCGGGGGUAAGUACCCUUCGGGAUGGAACUUGGCCAUCAUGAUCCCUCCCGUCACAACCACGUUUAACAGCACACCGGCACCACUUGGUUCCAUCGCGGCGGCAUCGUCGGCAAAGGUCUACAUCACAGCCUCCACCUCCGGCGACGACAGUCAGCAGCUCCUAGCUACUCUCACCUCUCCGAUCUCCUCGCGCAUCAAUGUGCCGACAUUUGAUGCGGCAACGGGCACGAUAGGUGACUUUGCUCUCUCCGACCUCCACGUCGGUGAUCUCAAUGCGACAUUUGCCCCUGGCGUCGACCAUAACACCUUCGUGACCGACUUGCUCGGACAAAUUACCGCUCUGCUCAACCAGCCCAUUGCCGAUCUCAUCAGUGAGGUCAAUAAGGCGAUCGAUGCGGCCCUCCCCAACAUCAAGCUGCUGAUUCCGCCCAUUCAGCAGGCGCCUCUCCCCACCCAAGACCUCCACCUCGACCUCACCGACGCGGUCCUGUCUGCGGUCGGCCCAGCCGGAGGUGGUGCGUACCUCAUGGGCACCGCAAACCUGGACGUAAGCAUCAGCCCGCAUGCCUAG